CUCUGCCUUACAAGAUCUUCAGGCAUGCUGCUCUUCUUGCGAAGGUGGUUUUAUCGUUUCUAGUAAUUGUGAUGUGAGGUUUCAGCUGUACCGUUUCUACAACGUCUCAGGUUUGGUGUUAACCUACCCAACUUCCAACGAGGAUAAAUGGAAGAUUUGGAUGGUUGUGAUCGUUUCGUGUAUACCACUCUCAGUACUAGCAAUAAUCGUUGGGUUUGGGCUUCUUAUCAUGGGCAGAAGAAGAGAACCGAAAGAGAUGAUGACAGAAGCCAGAACGCACUGGUACAUGAGUUGGCUUGGCCCACGGGAGUCGACAUUACAGAAGAGGGUGAAUUGGUUAGUUCUGAAGAACUGCCCUUCAUGAAACUAUUGACACUAAUGGCAGCUACAGAUAACUUUUCAGAUUCAAAUAAGCUGGGAAUUGGUGGAUUUGGCACUGUAUACAAGGGUGUGCUUGCAGAUGGUAAGACAGUAGCAGUUAAAAGGUUGUCAAGGAAGUCAUGGCAAGGCUUGGAGGAAUUUAAAAAUGAGAUCAUAGUUAUUGCAAAACUUCAGCACAGAAACCUGGUGAAGCUCUUGGGAUGUGCAAUAGAGGGCCAUGAAAAGCUGCUUGUUUACGAAUUCAUGCCCAAUAGAAGCCUUGAUUUAUUUAUAUUUGAUUCGAAAAAACGCAGUCAGCUUGACUGGAAGACAUGCCACGAUAUUAUUCUUGGUAUUGCGAGAGGACUUCUUUAUCUUCACGAGGACUCCAGGCUUAAAAUCAUUCACAGGGAUCUAAAGCCCAACAACGUAUUAUUGGACCAUGAAAUGGUUGUUAAAAUAUCAGAUUUUGGCAUGGCGAGGAUCUUUGGUGAGGAUCAAAACACUGCUAACACUAGGAGAGUCGUUGGAACAUACGGAUACAUGGCUCCUGAGUAUGCAAUGGAGGGGCUGUUUUCUGUAAAAUCUGAUGUUUUCAGUUUCGGCGUCAUCUUGCUUGAGAUUAUUAGCGGGAGGAAAAAUAGCGGCUUCUACCUGACAGGGCAGGCCCAGACACUCCUUGCAUACGCCUGGAAACUUUGGAAUGAAGGGAGAGAAAUGGAAUUUGUGGACCCUUUGUUGAUGGAGUCCUGCAUGAUUACACAAAUAUUGAAAUGCAUGCAUAUCGGGCUUUUGUGUGUGCAGGAGGAACCCACAGAUAGACCCACCAUAUCAAAGGUGGUAGUUCUAUUGUGGAAGGAAUCAAUACCUCUUCCUAAUCCAAAACAACCUGCACUUUCUGUGGGUAGAGUCAUUCAGACUGAUCGUUUUCUCAUAGCAAAUCCUUCUGUAAAUGAUCUUACUCGUUCCAUUCUUUCACCAAGAUGAAUACUGGCAGCGUUUCUAGUAACAUUCCCUACUAUUAACACGUUUGCAAGCUGAAAAUAUGUUAUAAUUUUUAUAUCAUAGGAAGUGGGACAUCUUAUGCUUUCUACUCCACACGGAGGAAGAAAUUACAACGAGCUGUAAUUGUACGAUGAAUGAAAAUCCACAUUACAGGGCUCAA